GGUUAUACGCCGCUCCAUCUGGCUUGCCAACAUGGUCGUUUGGAAGCGAUCAAGGUCUUAUUGAGGCAUGGCGUGGAUUUCAGAGCCAAGACUCAUGCUGGCAGAACGCCACUACACGGGGCCUGCUAUAAGGGUGAUGUCAAGGUAGUCGAGAUGCUGUUGAAGCACGGUGCUGAUACUAAAGCCAAGAACAGGGUCAGAACAGGUGGCGAUACACCACUGCACCAUGCCUGCGUUGAGGGUCAUGUCAAGGUGGUGGAGAUGCUGUUGAAGUAUGGUGCUGAU